AUGGAGGAGGAUUCGGAAGGGUCACAGAAGAGGACGUCGAGGGGUCGGAGUAAAAAUCAAGCCAGUUCGUCCAACGAGAAAAUAGUACAAUGGCUAUCACCGCGAAGUGACCAUUUUCCGACUCCUCGAGGCUUUCAUUUCUUGUCGGCCCCGAUACUGCCUGAAUCUCCGUCGGCUACAUCCGCUGAGGAGAGUAACUCUCCGAUAUCUUCCUCGGACCCCUGGAACCGAGCUAGCAUAAGUACUGAUGUUACAGAGUUUGACGAUAUCUACGAAGUCUCUGACGAAGAAGAUACUCGACGAGCUUCGAGAAUGUCAUCGGUGAAGCGCCGGAACAGCUCUCGUAACACAAUGCUGAAGCGAUCCUCGGUUCUCUCGUCAGUCUCGCACCGGGCUCUUCCGCCCUUGGUGAUCCCGGCGCAGCAGGACGAAGAUGUUAAGAACUUAUCAGGUAAGCUGGAGUUCAAGAGGUUCCUGUCACCAAUCCCUCCGACGCCACCACCCAAGGUCGAGAUGUCGCCGGCCGUGAUGUCCUACCUGCAAGCUCAGCAAUCUCAGGAGGUGCCAACCAUCUCUGCACCACCGUCUCUCGAUGGCAGUCUAAGUUCAGACCAAUUGGCUGCCCUCUCCGCUCCGCCUACGCCAGUAAUUGGAGAAGACGACAUCAAUAGCGCAGAUUGGUCUGGUGUUCAAUUACAGCCCGCUGCCUUGGCUACCCUGCAAGCGCUGUCUGGGAGCGAAGACGGUGAGUGCGAGUACCGCUUAGAGCAGGUCAUCGAGGUCACUGAGAGGAGGCCGGAAAUGUCACAGCAGACGCCACGCCUACUCACUACUAUGUCUCGGCCAGCUCUACACCUCUCGACUCGACAGCAGCAAUCUCUUAAUGGGUUGACGAGGCUCGAUAUUCCCUCGCCAGGAGGCUUUUUCUCUGGCCUUUCUCCCCACACAAGGCACACUUGGCAUUUGCCCUCCAUGACACCUGAUGACAUUGCUCCUCCCACCUCGACUACUGCGGAGCAGUUCUACAGAGUGCCAUGGAAUGAGCCUGCUCCUCGUGUUCCAACUCUGCUUACUGCCACUGUUCUACCUCCCCCGCCUCCACGUCCCGAGAGGUUUGCAGUUGGACCCCUUCCGUCGGUGCCUGUGGAACAGAUUGUAGAAAUUAGGGGUACCAUGUCAGAUGGUAUUCCAACUGCAAGACCAGUUAUCUUGGAGCACGUUGUCGAGGCAAGGACUGACCUUGCCGAAGACGUCCUUACAGCGCGACGCGUUGAGCAAAGAGACCCUUCAUCUCCUCUUGCCGCUCAUAUCGAGCCCUCCAGCCCUAAUGAGGAUGUUACCGCUACGGAGAUCGUUGCAACCUACGAUCCUGCAUAUGCUAAGAAACAGCAAGAAGCUGCUUUGUCCAACCUGGACCGGACCGAAUUAUGGCUCAUGGCCCAGAAAGCUUACCUCAAGGGUAUUCUCCCGGAGGAAGAGUUCAAGCCGGAGGCUGAGGCGGUAGCGGAGGCGGAACCUGCCCAUGUUGAGGAGUCCAAGAAGGAAGCCGAAUCUGAAGGGGCAUCCCCGUCACAGAAGAAAAAGACUGUCCGCUUCUCCGAGAUUGUCGUCAAGACUAACAUUCCAAAACCCCUACCGCCUAAGAUCGCUCGCCAGGAGUCGGCCUACUAUCGGGCUUUCCAGGAUUACAUCAUCCGCUCCCGCAGUCAGGAUCCUUUUGUUCACCGUCUCCCACGCUUUGAGGCUCUCCAAUCCCAGCGCAUCUCCCUACGCGAGGUUCACCGCAACCAACUCCUCGGCAAGUACCAAUUAUCCGUAGUGCCACACUCAGCCAAGAAGCGCAUGAGCGCCAACGUGGCCCGCGGCGACGAUAUUAUCGUCGACGACCCCGAGAAGCUCAAGAAGGACAAGGAACACGAGGCGUGGGCCCAGAUGUCCAUGGCAAACUGGCACGUCGGCGCCACCAAGGUUUUGAACGGAGGCCGUCUAUUUUCCGCGCCUAUCGCCAAGCGUCUGGCUCGUCUCUCCCGCAUCGGCGGCGCUAGGGACCGUGCUCGCAUCCUCGACCUCGGUGGCCAGGCUAGUUGCGACUGGGCCUGGCACUGCGCUAUCAUGUACCCAAAUACCAAGGUAUACACGGUGACGACUAAGGCCAUCCGCCAGCUGUCCAACUCCAACAUCCGCGGCCCGCCUAACCACCGACAAGUGGCCGUGUCUCGGCUCGCCAAGCUGCCAUUCCCCGAUGCGCACUUCGACCUCGUGUCGGCGCGUGAGCUGCAAUCCAUCCUCAAGUUCAUCGGUGAGAACGGCGAGGACGAGUGGGACAGCUGUCUGGCCGAGUGCAUGCGCGUUCUCAAGCCCGGCGGGUACCUCGAUUUCUCCAUCCUGGACUCGGACAUCACGAACGCGGGCCCUCUAGGACUCGCCAAGAGCGUCGAGUUCGGCUUUGCCCUCAAGACCCUCGGCUACGACCCCAGCCCUACGCGCAUGUUCCUCGGCCGCCUGCACCGCGCCGGCUUCGACCAGGUGCGUCGCGCGUGGGUGUGUCUGCCGAUGGGCGCGGAUCCGGCCGUCCGACGUAACAGAAAAGUCGCGCGCGAUAGCAAUGGUGUCGAACGCCCCCUCGAGCUAGAGGCUAUGGUCUCGGGCAGCACGGAGGCGGCGGCCCCCACCGCGGGACUAGCGGGUAGUUGGGCGUGGGAGCGCUGGCUGCUGCGCUGCGAGAUGGAGAAGGUGGCGUCCGAAGGCCGCCUGGGCUUCCUUGAGACAGAAGCACCGGAAAUGCGCGAGGCGGGAAAGUGCCUCGAUGGUGUGUAUGAGGUUGUUGAGGAGGGGCGUACGUGUGGUGCGGGCUUUAGGAUGUUGAAUGGGUAUGCUAGGAAGCCAGUUUCUCCUGCUGCUGCCAAUAGGAGGGCUGGUUACUAG